UCUGUUGACUACGACAGUUGUGAGUGAAUUAAACUUCCUUGUAGGCGACACACUACUGUAUGCAGUUACUCCGUGCACUCAGUGAGUGUCGGAUAUGUUUUUUACAUGGCUGUUCGUCUGUUGGGGAGCUGUCAUAUGCCGGGGAAUACAAACUUCUCGAAUACGCAUUAUGGAUCAACCAAGCAACUGGUGGGAGGCACAAAGCCGAUGCAAUGUGAGAGAAGGCAGGUUGUACACACCAGGCUCAGAGGACAUUCCACUAGACCUUCUGAACCGUCUACAGCCCGCCACCGACUACUGGAUAGGUGCCAUGCAGUACUUAGCCUGGCUUUGGACAGAAGAUUCCAGUCCCCUGUACACCUAUGCUGGCUUCCUUCCCCUGGGGAGUGUGACAGCAGAGUCAAUGGUAGAAUUUCUUGAUAACUCGGUAUGGAAGUGCCAUCUUCACUGCAGCCCAGAAGAUUCAGUAGGCAUGAAGGGAACCACGUGCUACUGUCUAAAAGUAGGAUACAGCACUACAACUUCGAUUACACCUGAGAACACGUGUCCAGGAAACUUGGGCGAAAAGUGUGGAAACGUCCAAGGGAUGUCAGUAUAUAGGCUAGAAAACAUUAAAUUUGAUCAAGAGGAAGAUAAUUACUGUGCUUAUGCAAUACGUCGGGAUGGGGACCUCUCCAUACACAGCAGCACAUAUGAAGAUUGCCAAAACAAAGAAAGAUGUUAUGCCUGCAUUGAUAGAGGUCCACGUACAUACAUAGAUUGCUGGAAAAAGUCCUGGUAUGAUGCCGACAGGAGAUGCCACUUGGUUAAACUUAAUACAGCUGUUCAGAACGUUCUUCUUAGCCUCACGAGUACGACCACAAUAUACUGGAUUGGCUUAUACAAAGAUAUACACAGGCAAUGGAUAAGCGGAAAGGAGGCUUUGAGCUACGAUGGCUAUCCCAGUAGUUCGUCUUCAGACACCAUGUGUCUGAGUGUAUACAAGCAGAAGAAUGGAAUGAAGCGUUUCUACUGGAGGCCAUGUUCAGAAAAUAGGACGUUCAUAUGUGAAAAUGAAACAAAAUCACAGCCACAAGGAGGAGUUGGUACAACCGAUGGCGUCCACUCUACCGAAGUUACCACACCACUUGCAGGACGGAAAGAUGCUAUGAACUCUUCGAGCAAUCCCCAGGCAGGUGGCUUCAUAGGACUAGGUAUAGGAUGUGUGCUGCUUGUGCUGGCAAUCCUCAUUGUAGUCGUCGUAUUGAGAAGGCAAAAGAAACUGUGCUUUAAGACAAAAAGUGGGAAUCAACCAAUACACUUCACUUCUGGCGCAGAAAACACCACCUAUGGAUUAGCCGUUCAGGCACAAACAGAAAAUGAAACAUAUUCAGUCAUAACACCUCCUGACAUAGAUAGAACAUCCACGUCAUCCACGUUUCCAACGUCGAUAGUCCGACCCAAUGCUCACAAUGACAACAACAUCAACACCUCUCAGAUUAAUGAUGAGGAUGAGUACAACGUGUUGUCAGAAUCCGACAACUCGAAGAAGGUUAUGCCACACGGGAAUCCCUACAAUCACCUCUCGGGACCUGACAGAGGUAACGAGUCCACAGGAGACUACGACACUGCAAACUGUGUUCCACAGACAGGAGAGGCGACCACUGGGCUGAAAAACACGACCGCAGAUACACUACUCUCUGAUGUAGCGAGUGGUCAGAACUUAGAGGAGGGUCAGUACAAUGUGCUCGGUCAGCACGACUCUCCCAGAACAGUUGAUGCCGACGCGGGGGUGUACGACCACGUGGCAGCGGACGAGGGGGAUUAUGACACUGCACAGCAGUGUAAGAAUCCCAGCAAAGUGGAUGAUACUUACAGUCACAUUCAGAGGACAAACACUGAAUGUGAAGAGGAUGCUUAUGAUGUUGCAAGUAAACGGCAACCGGAAGGAUGUUCUGAUGACACCUGCGACCACGCCACUAAGGUCGAUGACGAAGAAAGAGACAAGGCCGACUACUACAACACAAAGUGUCUUCUUCGAGACGAUGGAAAUCUUCAUGGACAUCCCGGAGGUGAUGAUCGGUCUGAUGAAAAUGAUCAAAAAAACGCUUACAGUCUUGCCAAGGACAUUUCUGAUGCCUAAGUAUUGACAAAAUAUAGAAAUGUUAUUAUGUAGCACUUGUACACAAUUUAUACUCUUUACUAAACACCAGUUAGCUCUUAUUGAUUGGUGUAAUAGCUCCGUUUUGACAACCUAUUAUGUCCACAUAUGAAUCUGAUUUAUUUGUUCCUGGUGUGUUAUGAUAUUUGAUGGCAGCUUAUGUCUUGAUAACUGAGAAUAAUGCAUGAUUUGUAAUAUGAUUGGACAUCGAUAAGUGUUAUAUGAUUUUCCUCCUUGCAGGAAUAGCUUCUUUUUAUUUUCAUUAUAUAUAAUAUACAGUAAACUACGGUUAUAACGAACUCGAAGGGACCACUCAUUUUAGUUCGUAAUAAUUCGUUAUAAGCGUAUAUACAGCAUAUGUACAACAACCGGCAGAGACUAAACAAUAAGUUCGCUAUAUCGGCCAGUUCGUUAUAAGCGUGUUCGUUACAAACGUAGUUUACUGUAUUUCAUUUUUUUGAAUGCACAAAUAAACGUUUUUUAAAUUGAAAUAAUAUUAUGUGUAAUGUUUAUAACUAGAAAAACAAUUUUCAAAGGGAUGUUGUUGAUUAUAUAAAAUACAUUUCUAACAGGUUCAGGAAAUAUAAUGCAGCUGUGUAUAAUGAAUUAGUUAACACCAGCAGUAUAGAUUAGGUUUCACAUAGUGUAGCUUAGUGUUUCUUGCUUAGGCUAACGCUUCAGAUUCUAGGCUACCCCACAGAUUUGAUGCAUCAGUGUGACAUAUCAACAGUGUAACUAACCCGCCACCACAUCUGCCAGACACGUCACACGCGUUGUAGGUCAAUUUGAAAAUCCAAAUAGAAACCUGACAUACAAAGUGCUUAAUAUGACUCAAAAGUUAUUAAAGUCUGAUGCAAAGUGAUGUCUGAUGCAAUUACCUAUUUUGACCUGUACCACAUGUGCCAGUGUUUGUUCAGGUGAACACUUGCCUUUGCGUGUGUUUGUGACGGGUGCCAUCGGUGAGGCAGAACACCUGGUAUCAAUACUAAUUAAUCGUGAUUCAUAUGGUUAUGACGUAGUCUAAAUCGUACAAUGGAUCAUAGAUUGUUAUGGUUAUAGAAAUAGUUUUGUUGAAAUAGCAGCGACGGGGUACAUGAUUCAUGAGUGAUCCUAACAUAAUGUAAGGGGACAUCCCGCGGGUAAUCAACCAACUCUUCACUCACAAGUCAAAAUAGGGAAUGCACCGGACAAUUAGAAAUGUCUAAUAUAAACUAUACUUUUAAGAGAAUAAUUGAGACCGAACUGGUCGGUAACAGUUUAUGAUCAUUUAUAAAAAUAAACAAAUAAUGAGUAUUCUUUUGGAAUACACUGAAAUGAUUGAAUUGAUGAUAUUGCAAGAAAGAAGGGUGUAUUGUGUAGAUGGAUAGACUGAAGAGCCCUAUGGCAUAUUCAAUAUAAAGUUCAAGCCAGCAGGAUAUUCUCAAAAAAAGAGGCGUUGAGGGGACAAUGGAAUCACGUCACAGGAUGUGUAAAUGUUAAGUCCCAAAAUAUAGUUAUGAUGACAGACCCAUUGUAUUAUUUUUCUUCCUGUUUACGGAACUAGGUUGACAUAUUCUUGUCAAGACAAUAGGAUCACAUAAGUGGAGGUUUAGAAGUACAGUCUCAAAAUACCACUAUUUCAGAUUACUUGUAUCAUGCAGAUGCAACUUUGACAUCCGACCACAUUAACACGUGAAUGUUUUAAUCAUGUAUGGGGGUCCAAAGGCCCAUGUACAUUUCAGUUAUAUAAACAUACACUUACACACAUUUGAGGCAAUUUACAUUGAAAACACUACUUACGUAUAAUAUCAGGUCUUUGUACGUAGUAAAAGAGAUUGCUUUACAUACUUAGCUAUAUAUUUAUGAGUAUACGAUCAUUUUUUAACACUGUCCUGGCACAAAAGCUAUCCUGGUUUCACCUGUUUUCGGCGAUGUACGACUAAUGAGCUGCGAUUUUCAACAAUUUUAAAUAGGGUAAGAUUGGUAAUAAGUUUCUAGAGUAUAUUUCAACAACUUUUUUGUUAC